AUGCAGACUAGCAGUGUCUCGGAGGUUGAUUGCCUCGCAGAACAAAUGUACUCGAGCCCGGAUCCCUCAAUCAGGCAGCGGGCGCAGGCAUCACUUGAACAACUUACAAAGGCGGAAGCGGACCAGUCUAUCAUAUGUGCCAUUCUUCAGCAGUCCAACAAUCAAUACGCGCUGCUCUUCAUGUCUCAAUGUCUUGUUCUGUGGUUCAAAGCUGUGCGGAAGUGGAUCAGCGAGGAAGAGAAGCAGAAUGUGAUUGUUGUGCAUUGCGGCGGCUGUGUCAAGCGUGCCCUUGAAAAUGGUGCGCCGAAACAUGUGGUGUCGGCCCUUCUAUCUGCGUACGCGAAAUUGACAAAACUUGCCUUUGAAGCUGAUCCCCUCCUUGAAGGAGCUGUAAAUUAUCCCAUUGAGUUGCUGCGACAUGAGGCGGAUGGUACGAACAUGCAACUGCUUGGUUUGAUGAUGCUCAAUGCGUUGGUGGUGGAGUUCUCCAAGUACGAUUCAUCUCGGUCUAAGACAUAUCUAGGAUUUGUGGCGCAUCGACACUGUAGCGGUAACUUCAAUGAGAAGUGUCUCCUGAAUAUUUUGGUGGAGGCGCUGAAACUACUAGAGAAGUUAACGGUGAACACUCCGCACAUUACCGAAAUUGUGAAGCUCGUGGAAAACUGCUUCUCGUUUGAUUUUCGAGCUAUAAUGGUUGAUGAUACGGAGGACCUUCCCUUCGUUCACUUCCCAUGCGCAUGGAAACCUACUAUCUUAAGUGACCAGACCCUACAAACGCUAUGGGGCCAGCACGCCGCGCUGCCGCACCCGCACUGUGCAAGUCUACUUUCAGCUAUUUCGAAUAUAUGUGGCACUUAUCGCUCAUUCUUUGAAACGGUAGAGGAACGGCUGCAGUACAUUGAAUUCACACUCACUAAAUUAAUACAGGUGACCAUGUUGCAAGAUGGUCGGCUUAAGAUACCCCGCUACAUUGAGACUCUUGCUGAGGCAUUCCGCCGUGUAGUGCUUUCCCUUGGCUACCGCGAACUCCGUCAGGUUGCAGUCUUCGAGCAAUGGGUGACGGCGUUUCAAUCCAUUUCGGUAGAUGUGCUGUCGAUUACAUUUGGCCAAGAAGGGAGUUUCUCCACAGCCACUGCAGUGAUGGCGUUCUGGGUUGCGCUUACAACUUCAAAGCGGCGUAGUUACUCGGAGCAGUGUCCUCAAGAUAUUGAGGUUGCAGUACUUCCGGUUCUACGUGCCUUCUUGGUGGCACGUAUUCACGGCGCGGAUGCAAGCGGUGGGGAUUCUUUCUCGUUAGAAGAUGCGGAUGGUGGUCUCGCGGAAGCGGUACUCGCACAGUCUGAUGCCUACGCUAACGUGUGCCUCCUCGACCCCGCAACGUAUCUUGGUGAUUUCGCAAAUUAUCUCAAUCAGCAAGUGGGCAUGUCGAUCUUCACAUCACCUCUCUCCACUGGUUGGCUGUUUUAUAUUGCUGGUGGUGUUGCGUGGCUCGUGCUGUUUAGCAUGGAAAGUUCAGGUAUUGAACCGUGCUCACAUGUUUUUGCAUACGCUAGGGGCUGUGCUGACCAUCGCAGGAACCACAGUGGCAACCCUGCAUUAUUCAGUAGUUUUGUGGAGCGUGGAAUGCUGCACUUCCUGACGAAUAUGCAGUCUGUGAUCACUGGUGCUCGCCACGGCAACCUAUCAGCUGUUGUGACUAAUGUUUUUCAGGACCGUGGGCAACUCUUUCAGUUUGUAUUGGAUAACGUCGGCCAUAAUUUGUUGCGUGGUCCUGAUAGCUUGGACGCGGUGGACAUCAUCCGAUCGUCUGCCGAUGUCAUCGUUGAGGCUUGCCGUGAGGCUCCGCCUCAGUUACUGCGAGAGCUGUCCCUUGAACUUCCCCCAACGUCUGAUCUGCCACUUGCCCAAUCAGAACAAACAUACAAACUCCGUACCAAUAUCACGAAGGCAUUGUGGUUUGUCCGUUCAACGGGGAGUUACACAAGGGAGCGCAUGGAGUCAUAUCUUAGCAACGUUGACUUCAGCAUGCAGAGAACUGUGAAUAAUGAGGUAAAUAGCCCGAGCUUUAUAGCCGGGUGGGUGCGUGACCUGCGUGGCGCUUGCCAGGCGUUGAAGGAAGACCAGUUGUCUUCUUUGGACUUCAUCGAUUGGUUUCUCUCCCGUUACUCCGUCUUUGUCACCAUCGUUGACACAGCGGGUGAUUCACCGAUUGUGGUAACAGCACUCAUGCGCUUCCUCUGCGAGCUCGUUACCCCUGGAAAAUAUGGAAGGCUUCACAUAUCAUCAAGCAGCAACAGUGCCGUUGGACUAAUGCUUUUCAAGCAUCUCUGUGAUCUCGUUGAGAAGGUAGAGAAGCGCACAUUCUCCAUCGAUCAUCUUAUGGCUCUCUCCUCCUUAUCAGGCAGCUACAACAAGGUGCUUAAACCAUGGAUGCUGGCCAUGGAUAUCAUGAAGAGGUGCAUGGAAGGGUCUUUUGUUCCUUUUGGUGCGAUGUUAUACUACAAUGAUGACACUUUUGAACGCACUACGGUAGACCUCCUCCGAAAGCUGGCAUUGGUUGGGACAAAUGUGUUUAAGGAGCACGGAAAGUUUACUGUAGUUGCUGUUGACCUUUUGCGUCUGUUAGUUGAGGAAAACUUGUAUUUUUGUCUACGGGGUCUCACAGGCGACGAGCUAGUGGGGUUAAUCAACGCCGUUAUAACAGUGUGUGAAGACGUGGACACGCAGUCUGGCGUGCUUGUGCAUGGGUUGGGGUUUCUCACAUUUAUCUCGGGACUUGUACAGGAGGUGAGGGCGAUCGCUCUCUCGCCAUCGUUGCGUCCCACAGAUACUCACGGCCCGGACCAGUCCCCUGCACCCUUCACGCAACCCUUCGGAUCCUCCCGUCUCUCGUCCCCAAUGCCCCCUGUUCAGCAGAGCAUCGUCAGCAGGCCCCCACGGCUGGCAACAGAGGUUCGUGAGCAUUUGGCCAGGUUAUUAGCGCCACAUGAUAGCGUAUGGCAGAGGUUAUUGAGUACAGCCAUGAACAUUAUUGUGUUUCAGGAUCGCGCAGUAAAUUCAAGCUGUGCUGUCGUACAUCAUAUCUUCGAGGCACACCCUCCUUUCUGGUUUAACUACGUGGAGCAACUGAUUAUGUCGUUCCCGGAGGGUAAACAUGCGACACUGCGGGAGGCUUUCUCGGUUCUUACGAACGCAGCGGAGACGAGAGAGAAGUUUUUUUCGGAAGUGUUCACGCUGCGUCAAGUGCUCCGCCGGCUCGGAACCUAA